AUGAAAGUCAAAGUAGAUGCAAUAAAACAGAGUUUAAAUGUAAAAAGCGCAGAAAAUGAAGAAAAUGUGAUUGUGAUUGGAAACCAAAAAUACGACCUGUCACUCACCGAAUUUAUUGAGAUUGAGAUGGAGUCUGACAAACAAGUAGAUUUAGAUAAUUUUACAAUCACAAAAAACGUAUUUCUCGUUGCUGCGAAUGGGUUUGAAUACAACAACACGUCGUGUAAGUCGGGGUAUUUCCAAAACGGCAUUUUCAUCUGUCAAAAUCAUUUACCAUGUUCAGAUGGUGGUAAGACCACUGAUGGAAGAUGUGCAGAAUGUCAAGAUGUUAAUUGUGUCAUGUGUGAUGGUGACAAUGGUAAUUGCAUGAAAUGUAAAGAUAAUUUGACAUACAAUACCAAAUCAAACACGUGUGAAGAAUACACGAACUGUCUUUCAUUUACAGAAGACAAGUGUCUUCGAUGUGUAGAUGGCUUUGUAUUUAAAGGUAACAAUUGUGUUGAUAUCACCGAAGGCAACGGAAAUUGCCAGAUAAAAGUCGGCGUUCCAUCGGAGUGCAGAAUGUGUGAUUUAACAAACAUAACAUUAAUCAACACUAAUGGAGUUUGCAGUGUUGUACACAGCAAUGUUGUUGUUCACAGUCUUUCAAACGUUGUUGAAUGCAAAGAUGGGUUUUUUGUGCAAAACAACAUUUGUAACGACUGCACAACCAACAACGAAGGAAGUUUGUUGUGUUCAUUCAAAACCACUGAGAAGUGUGAUAAGACAUAUUAUGUGAGAGAAGAUGGCAGUGUCUGUGUCAAAAAUGAGUGUUCAGAUGGUACAAAUAACGAAGAAAAUGGGAAGUGUGCACCACAAAUAGACAACUGCAUAAAGUAUGUGAAUGGUAUGUGUGUCGAAUGUUCUUCAAAAUACUCAUAUGAUGGCAAUGUGAGUUGUGUUGAGCCAUCAACAGUUGAUGUGAACUGUGGAAUGGCAACUCCGAGUGGGUGUAUCAGAUGUGAUGGAAAUACCUUCCUGAAUAUAUCGACACACAAAUGUGAGGUGUGCAACUCAAGUUGUGAAAGUUGUUUGGAUUUGACAAAGUGCCUGUCGUGUGUAGAUGGGUACUUUUUGAGUGACCACAUCUGCAAAUCGAAUGAUGAAUUGAAUGACACUUGUGCACGAAAAGUACCAAAUGGGAAUGGCUGUUUGGUUUGCAAAGUUGGGUAUUACAAGAAGGGAGCAGAUUGUGCACAAUGUGAUGUCGAGUGUGGUGAGUGUCUGACAGAGAACUCGUGUAUUAAAUGUAAUGCAACAAACUACAAAACGAGUAAUGGCGAUUGUUUUCCACGUUCUGCGAUAUCGACGUGUGCCGUUGAAGUGACCGAAAGUGGCUGUUCAACGUGUAAAGACGGGUAUUACACAGUCAAUGGAAACGAGUGUCAGAAGUGUGUUGAAGGGUGUGCGAAGUGUUCAGAAUCAACUCGGUGCACAUCAUGUGAUGACACAUAUGUGCUCAAAAGCACCAGUUGUGUGAGUUAUAACACCAUCACAAAGUGCACAAAAACAAAAGACUCAAAAUGUUCAUCAUGUACAUUUUGGUAUUCACCAAGUGACGAUGGCACAUUUUGUUCAAAGACGGCAGUGUGGUGGGUGAUACUUCUUAUAGUUGUCAUUAUCAUUUUAAUUACUGUGUUGUUCAUAGUGUUGGUCUUAUUUGUUAUGGUUAAAGUCAUAAAGCACAAAAGAGAUACCAGCAAAAUCACACUCUUUAAAUUGGAGCACACCAACAUGAAAUUUGUCGAAAUGGCAGAUGGUCUGAUAAUUCACACCAAAAACGAAGAAUUUUUGAUCACCGACGAUGACUUGGACGAAAACGAAAUUGAUGUUAACAAACAAAUCAAGAAUCUGUUUUCUAUUGGAAACACUACAAACCAUAAAGUCAAGAUUCAGUUCACUUCUAAAACAAAUGAGAAGUACUAUAUUUCAUUUGACCCACAUAUAAUAACAAUUCCUCCAAAUUAUGGGUGUGAGUUCAGUCUCUUUUUGACGCCACUGUGCAACUCGAAUAUGGAAAGUAGUUUUGUGAUCAAUUAUUUUAUCUUUGCAAAUGACUCCAAAACAUGUAUACAUCAGAUGGACUUUAAGUACAUCACCAAAAUAUCAACACGACUUGAUCCAGACAGUCUGAUUGAAGAGAAACAACUUGGUGAAGGCUCUUUUGGUGUUGUCUUCAAAGGAAAAUUGGGAGGGAAUACAGUUGCAAUCAAGAAGAUGAAAAACGUAACAAAUGCAAAGGACCAAAUGGCUGAAUUUGAGAAAGAAGUGUCAAUGCUUGAUAAAUUUAGGUGUGAUUAUAUCGUCCACUUCUAUGGCGCCGUAUUCUUUCCCAACAAGAUAUGUAUGGUCACUGAAUUUGCUGAGUUUGGGUCUGUGUGUGAUAUGUUGAAAAACAAAGACGCAAAAGAUGUGGAUAUGAAAUUGCGAAUCAAAAUGUGUUUAGACGCAACAAAGGGGGUGUCUUAUUUACAUAAAAAUGGAAUACUUCACAGAGACAUCAAGCCAGACAAUGUAUUAUUAUUUUCAUUGAAUCCAAACGAUGUUGUGAACGGCAAAUUGACUGAUUUUGGAUCAAGCAGAAAUAUUAACAUGAUGAUGACUAACAUGACAUUUACAAAGGGUAUCGGAACACCAAUUUAUAUGGCACCUGAAGUGUUAAAUAAAGAAAAGUAUAAAAUGCCUUGUGAUAUUUAUUCACUUGCAAUUUCAUUCUUUGAAAUCAUUGGAUGGGCAGAACCAUUUCCUAAAAAGAGGUUCAAACAUCCAUGGGAAAUAGCAGACUUUGUUGGGAAGGGAAACCACCUCACUUACGAUGAAAACUUUGGCAUUGAGACACAAGAAAUGAUAAACUCUAUGUGGGAUAUCAAACCUAAAAAACGAAUUUUAUGCGACGAAAUUGUGAAAAGACUCAAAACCAUUUUUUCCAAAUUCCAUAAAAAUGUUUGA